AGCCAUCAUCUAGUUCUUUUUAUAUAUAUUUCUCCAGCCAACCACACCAUUCAAUCUCAGUCUCUCAUUCAAAUUAUAUAAAGUCCUCUGCUUCUUCUCUUCCCCUGUGUCCUGCUAAAUUCAAUUUUUGCUCACAUGGGUAAGCUCAAUCCUAUACUUGUUUGGUCGCUUUGCCUCAGUUUGUGCCUCUUUCUCUGUCCCACAUCGGCGCAGCUAAAAACAAACUUCUAUGCCAACGUCUGCCCCAAUGUCGAAAACAUUGUAAAAAAUAUUGUCACUCAGAAAUUUCAACAAACAUUUGUCACAGUCCCAGCAACCAUCCGUCUCUUUUUCCAUGAUUGCUUUGUCCAGGGUUGUGAUGCUUCGGUUAUAGUUGCUUCCACUGGAAACAACAAAGCAGAGAAGGAUCAUCCGGAUAAUCUGUCAUUAGCUGGAGAUGGUUUUGAUACAGUGAUCAAAGCCAAAGCAGCAGUUGAUGCAGUUCCUCAGUGCAAAAACAAAGUCUCAUGUGCUGAUAUUCUUGCUUUGGCCACCAGAGAUGUCAUUGUUCUGUCUGGUGGACCUUCGUAUGCUGUUGAGUUGGGGAGAUUGGACGGACUAAUUUCAAGUUCUAAAAAUGUUGAUGGGAAGCUCCCCCAGCCAACCUUCAAUUUGAACCAGCUCAAUUCCAUGUUUGCUUCCCAUGGGUUGUCCCAGGCUGACAUGGUUGCUCUUUCAGCGGCGCACACCGUUGGAUUCUCUCAUUGCAACAAGUUUUCCAAUCGGAUUUACAGCUUCAGUCCCGGGAACCCAGUGGACCCCAGUCUGAACAAAGCAUAUGCAACUCAACUCCAACAGAUGUGUCCAAAAAAUGUGGACCCCGACAUAGCCAUCAACAUGGACCCAAACACGCCCAGAACCUUUGACAACGUCUAUUUCAAGAAUCUUGAACUUGGGCAAGGCCUUUUUACCUCAGACCAGGUCCUUUUCACGGAUGCAAGGUCUCAGCCCACGGUAAAAACCUGGGCCAAAGACAACGCUGCUUUUCAACAGGCUUUUACCACCGCGAUGACCAAGCUGGGCCGGGUCGGAGUCAAGACAGGCAAAAACGGAAAUAUUCGUAGCGAUUGUAGUGUUUUUAACUGAGAAGGAAAUUUUUGGGUUAAAAAAAUAUAUAUAUAUAUAUUUGAAGGUAAAACUGAAUGUUGACUAAAUUCAUUUGACAUUUUACUCCUUUCUUUUUCCUUCUUUCUUUUAUCAUUUGAAGGUAAAACUAUCACUGGUUUGUUAUUAGAGUCGUGCAAUUAUUAGAAAUCAAUUUGUUCACAUGAAGGCCACAAUAAUUUCCAGAUUCUCGUUAUAAAUUAAUUUGCAGAAAAAAAGACUUUUGACUGUGUCUUGCAUUA